UUUCCACGAGAAUAAAUAUAGAAAACUACAUAUUAAAAACAACAAAAUCCACACCAAAAUACCCAUGUGCAACUAACCACAACCCAUCCGCUACCUGUCAAAUCCUUCACCUCCAACAAUGACCCCCCCGACCACCCCCUCCCCCACCAUCACCGCCCUCACCUCCCACGAAAACAACCUCCAAACCCAUCUCCACUACCUCCGCGCCUGUCUCUCCCUAGCCCAAAAAUCCCCGCCAAAACCUACAAAUUUCCGCGUAGGCGCUAUUCUCCUCUCGCGAACCCUCCACGCCUCAGCAACAACAGAAACAACAACACAAACAUACGCCGACACAAUCCUUUCCACCGGCUACACCCUCGAGCUACCGGGAAACACGCACGCCGAACAAUGCGCCCUGGAAAAAUAUGCAGCGAGCCAUGGCGUGACUGAUGAGCGGAUAGGGGACAUUUUACCACCGCCUCUUUCUCCCGACGCGCGAAGCGCAGGUACGGGAACAGGGACGGGGACAGACAAAGACCAAGAACGUAAUCAUGAACAGAAGAUAGUCCUCUACGUCACUAUGGAACCAUGCGGGAAGCGGUUAUCGGGUAACACGCCGUGUGCGGCGCGGAUUAUUCAAACGAGCCGCUCGUCGUCCUCGUCGGAAAUAGAAAAUAAAACGUCACAUGGUCUCGAUGCUUCAAACGGGCCCGGUUCAAACGCCACGCGGAGAAAGUCCGGUAUUGACAAGGUGUACUUUGGCGUGAAAGAACCGGAGACAUUUGUGGGGGGUUCGGUGGGUUGUAGGAUGCUGGAUGAGGCCGGGGUGGAGUGGGAGGUUGUGGAGGGGAUGGAGGAGGAAAUUUUGAGCGUGGCGAAGGCGGGGCAUGGGGAUACAGCUGAUAGUCAGAAGGAGGGGAUGGAAGAUGACAGGCAGAGACAGGGGACUACUAUCGAUGAUAUUUCGGAGAAGGAGAGGAGGAGGCAGGCUGCGUUACCACGAAAUCCGAAGAAGAGGAUGAUGGAGGCGGAUAUCUAAGGGGCGAUAUUUUUUUUUUUUUUUUUUUUUUUUUUUUUUUUUUAACCGCAUGGAAAGUCAUAUAAUAAAAUUCUAAUUUAAUAAAAGUAGAUUGCUAGUAAUCCGCAUCUUCACCAAUCACACCACCACCGCCCGUAUAUAUGGUUUAAGGUAUAAAAAUGACUAAGAAGUGCCGUCUUCCCCUGGGUGUAGCCAAGAGGGCAAGAUGGCAUUAAGGCCUUGGAAAAGUGAGAGUGUGUUGCUCGUUGGGUGGGGGUCUGCUGCGUCUGAUGGGCUUAACGGGUAGGUAGGUAUGCACCACUCUCAAGGACGGUGUGGACUAGUAUCCGAUCAACGGCACACCAACUCCCCACUCGAAUUUACAAUAUAGCAGUUUGUGUCAAUUGGGCAGGGCAAGCCUGAAGUUGUUGCGGCUGCCGCUGGGUCUCGG